CAUAUUGUGUGACUCUAUUUUGAUUCUUAUCUGCUGGAAGCGAGAAAGGAAGAGAGAAAAACGGGGGGAGCAGAGGGGGAAGAAGAAGAGCUGUCAAAAGAAAUUCCCGAGUGCGUGAAACAGCGGUGGUGCGGUGUUCUCCGCUCAUCGCGGUGUUGAACGGAGUUCGGCCUGGGUUCUGUCAGCGGCCCGGCCCAGUGCAGUCCGGCGGCGGCUGACACGAAGAUGCUGAGAUAGUGUGUGCGCUGUGGUUGAGUCUGUUCUGUUGUGGCAAUAGACGAAUGGCACAGGGAAACCAGCAAAUUAACAACCAGGUUCUGAACCACCUGCGGCAGAAGUUUCCAGAAGUUCCAGAUGACGUGGUUUCUCAGUGCGUCCUAGAGAAUAAGAACAAUUUGGCUGCAUGUUGCGAGUACCUGGCCAAGGUGAGUCCUGGUUUCUUGUGUAGUGAAGGCAGACAAAGUUUAACGGACCUUCGCAAUCACAUGACCCAGCUCAACCUCGGCGUCUCUCAAAAUGCCCAUGGUGCUAUACAGCGAGAUGUAGUAAGGAUGAAUGGCAGCAGGACUGUCACCCCCAGUGUGAGCGAUGGGCCUUUAAACGCCCCUUCUGAGUUCUAUCAGUCUGAACCGCAAUCAGUGCCGACACACCUACCCACAAGCCUCAACACGUUCGGUGCCAUGGAGUCUGCUCGCAAGCCGCAGCCUCCUCAGCACCUCGGCCUAUACCAGGUUGGGGGCAAAGGUCACGGACCGUCCCCGACCCCACGCUUCAACCCUAUUACAGUGACACUUGCACCCAACACUGGUCGGAAUACACCUACCUCCCUCCACAUUCAUGGAGGGCCUCAAUCAGGUCUGAACAGUCCAAACUCUAUCUACAUUCGCCCGUAUGUGACCCAGCCGGGCUCUACGCGACAGGUACAAGGCCGAGCACAGUACAGUCCCACCUCACAGCCUGCUCAGCAGAUCUAUCAGAUCACUCAUCCUGCAGGUUCCCAGAGUUCUUGGAGUGGGACCCAACAUCAAACUUCACAUGUGUACAUGCCAAUCAGUUCACCCACCAACACCCAGGCCCCCACCAUACCAUCGGCGGUGGCGUCACAGGCCUCCUCUUCAUCAACAUUGCCCUCUUCAUCUUCCUCAUCUACUGCUGGCCCAGUCUCAUCCUCCUUUAGCCAGUAUAACAUCCAGAACAUCUCAACAGGGCCACGGAAGAAUCAGAUUGAGAUAAAGUUGGAGUCCCCACAGAGAGGGGCUGGAGGUUCGGGCACGGCCUCCACUACGCUCCUGCGCUCUGGCUCAACCCCGCGACCUGCCUCCACAUCUUCAUCCUGUCCAUCUUCGUCUUCGCUGGCUACCAACACCGGUUCCUCAACCCCGAUCUCAAUUGGAGGUGCGGGACUCAGCCGCAGCCAGCCCACGGUGUAUAUCUCUGCAUCCCCACCCUCUGCUGCUACUACUCCAUCAGAUGAAUGUGCCAUCAUCCCUAACACGCCUCGUUCACAGCCUAAGUUCUAUAUUUCUGCCAACACGUCAUCCGAUGACGGAGGGGGUCGAAACCCUCCUACUGUGUACAUAUCAGCCAAUCAGGGUUCUGCUGGUCUGCGAGGUUUGGGAAGCCAGGUGAGCAUGGGCCCCGCCUACAUCCACCACCACCCGCCCAAAUCUCGCCCCUCUGUGAGUGCUGGAGGAACAGCUUCACCUCGUGUGGUGGUUACACAGCCCAACACCAAAUACACAUUUAAAAUCACUGUCUCCCCAAAUAAACCCCCGGCUGUGUCUCCUGGUGUGAUAUCGCCAACGUUUGAGCCCACUAACCUGCUCAGUCUACCUGCCGAUCACCACUACACAGAGCCAGAGCCCCUGUACCAGUCUGACCCAGUUUCACCUCAUGUGGACAAAAGCUCAGAACCUCGCAGACUCAGCAUGGGUGCUGACGACGCUGCUUACACACAAGCUCUGUUAGUCCAUCAGCGGGCACGUAUGGAGCGGUUGUGGCAUGAAUUAGAGCUUAAGAAGAGAAAACUAGAAAAGCUGAAAGAGGAAGUCAACGAGAUGGAGAAUGACCUCACGAGGAGACGACUACAGCGCUCCAACUCUGUCAGUCAGAUACCAUCUAUUGAAGAGAUGCAGCAGUUGAGAUGUAAGAAUAGGUUACUGCAGAUUGAUAUCGAUUGUUUAACCAAAGAGAUCGACCUCCUUCAAACACGAGGACCAGACUUUAAUCCCAUUGCAAUUCACAAUUUUUAUGACAACCUUGGAUUCAAGGGUCCUGUACCUCCUAAACCUCCCAAAGGUCCUACAAAAGCAGGUGCGGAUCACACAGGCUCUCUUGACAGGAGGGGACGCAAAAUAAAUGUCAGCUCCAAGUUAAAGCGAGACCCCUCUCUACCUCCUGUACCACCUCCUGUGGCUGUACCCAUGGAGAGCAGUACAAAUGUGAGGGUGAUAUCAGAGCCUGAGGAAGAUGAGGGCGUUCCAUGGAGCUGUACUGCCUGUACCUUCCUCAACCACCCUGCCCUUAUCCGCUGUGAAGAGUGUGAAUUUCCACGGCAUUUCUGAGCCAUACACAAAAUGCAUGUCACGUACACAAUGACGCAUAGACAGCCACCGUUUUGCCUCCAUCUGGAAUCUCUUGGACAUGUCUGUUGGGGCUCUUUUGUUUCCUCUUUGUCGCGCAGUGUCUGUGUUUGUGUUGUGCUUUUCACUGAAGAGUGGAUGAUGUUUACAGCUCGUCUCUGUACAGAAUGUGUGUGUUUUUGUGUGUUGAGAGUGAGUUUUGUGUGUCUUAUGGGAGAUUUUACCCACUCGGUUCAUGAAGAGGUUCAAUACUUCCAGUGAUAUCAUUAACAUGUUUAUAAUAUACAAACACACAAACACUUCAUACGUGUGUGUAUGGAUUCCAUCGUGCCUUUCUUCAGGGGAACUGUUCAUGCAAGCCACCGGAAGGGAAAAAUAAAAGGAUAAACUCACAUUUCUUUUGUUUGGUAAACAAACAGAAAAAAAAUUAAAUGCAUGCUUUAGAUGUACAGUUUACAGAGGAGUGUCUCCACCACACAGAUUUUACUGUACAUAGUUUUAGAAUAAGCUUUUCAAUGCCUUUUUUUCUUGCUUUUUCACAAGUAUUUCCUGUAACAGUAGCUUUAUAGACUUAUUUCUACGUAUUGCUAUUUUGUUGUUGUUGUUCUUUCAGAAAAGUAUUGUUUUCCACCAUGAACUUUAAGGUGUUUUGGGAGAACUUAAAGGGAUGCUCUAACGUGCUUCAGCAAAUGAAAUCAAAAGAUGCUCAUUGUCAAGCACUCUGUCUGGCGUACGGCUGCAGAUGCAGCAAAAUCAUGAAUCCGAAUCUGAUGAUGACUUUAUUAAGGUACAUGACCUAAGAGUGGUCAAAAGACUUCACAAGAAAUCCAGUAAAGCCUGAGACAACCAAUUCUUUCCUAUAUGAAAACUGGAAUGUUGGUUUACUAUUAGGAGAAUAUAUACCUUUGUGCCAAGCGGAAUCAUUCUUUGAGAAAUCUUUCUGAAUGCAUAGCAGAGGAUUUCCAGUAAUGUGGAUUGAGAGAAAGACUUGUAAUAUUUUUGUCUUAUGUCUGUGUGCCAACCUGAAAGUGACAAGGAUUCACUAGGGCUUUAAAAACAUGGACUAUCACCGCCAGCCUUUAUAGAUUCUGAAAUUUGACAAAGUAUAGGAAGUGCAGAUCGUUGUGUUCCUAAGUGUAGCGAAAUAUUUCACAAUGUGCCUUCAGUCUUGCAGAGGUUCUCUGUUGUGGAUCAUGGUAUGACCAUACGCACAAUGCCUCCUCUGCAGAUGUGACAGAAUAUAAACAGGUCCUUUCAAAUGUUUUCUUACUUUAUUAAUUGACCUUUUAUUUCAGAGGGAUGCUUUGUUACCUGUCCUCAGAAGACUGCUAAUACACUAAUUGUGCAUUGCAAAGUUAAAUGAGGUCAUUAUUUAUAAAACAAAUGAAUCCAUUUCAUUCCCAAAAUGUGGAUUUCUGGUAUCCAGGCUAAAAAUUACUUUGAGAAUGCUGAGAACAUUAUUCUAUGUGCUCUUUAUUUCCAAGACAUGACUAUUUUUGGUUUCAAGAAACUGGCACAGAGUCAUGUUUCAUGAACUUUUGAAAAGCCCAAAUAAAUAAUCACAUUCAUCAGUCUACUUGUCCGUCAAAUGCGUGUAUGGAUUUUUAAAGAAAUGUGUAAGAAAAUCAAUUGGAUAUCUAAUGUUGUUUUUGAUUUUAGCUGGGAAAACUGUCUUUGUAAUAGAUAAGUUAUUUGUAAAAAUAAUAAUAAAAUAUUAAUAUCAUUUGCAUUGAUAUAUUCUGAUUGGCUGAAACAUUUGGUCUUUGAUAAAAUGUAAAGUUUUUGCUGCUCCGGUUAGAAAAACAUUUUUUGGAACAAGUAAACCAUAUUGUGUAGACAAGACAUUCUUUCAAAAUAUAUUCACCUUUUAUAAUGUACAGUGUUACAGUACAUUAGAAUUACAGUGCCUUUGGGUUCCAGUCCAAGAAAAGACCAAGACCAGAAGAGUCUGAGAUAGGACAUUAAACUUAUAUCACUGAUUCUUGAGAUAAGGGACAAAGCAGGUUAUAAAUCGUAGUUUUUAUUUUUUUAUACUAAAUUAAUUUGAAAUGGUUCGUUAGCUGACACAUUUGUUAACAAAGAUAUCCAUGUAAGGGAACAGGUUUCAAAAAACGUUGUUUUUUUUUCCAUGCGCUUAUUAACUUCAUAACUUACAUCUUACUGUAAUUAGUGUCUACUCUGUCAGACACAGUAAAAGCAUGCUAUUUUAAUUUGGUCCAUCCAACAAGAGUGCAGAGCCUUUAAUUAUCUAAUAAUACUGUUCAGUAAAGGAGUUAAGUGAUAAAAUACAUUCUAUACAUUUUUCUUUCUGUUUUCACACUAUUCUGAAAUUUCAGACAAAUGUUUACUAAAUUUAAGUUUUUUCAGUCUUCACCAUGUGUUGUUUUUACCUCAGUUGGAGGUGCCUCUAUAACCUCUGUAAUGGCACAAUUGAUUGAAUAUUGCUUCCUGUAUACGCAUUAAGUGAACCUAAAUGUUUACUUUGAAUUUGAGUUUCCUCAGUGCAUGAAUUUAUUCCAUUCAUUGUCAUCCAAGUAAAUUCUAAUAUACAGUUUUACUGUACUAUAACCUCAGCAGGUCUUGACAGUUCACAUACACCAGGCUCCACCUCACGUCUUGUGCCAAAGAAAAUCAUCAAUCAUUGGAGAAUAUUUGAUGUCAAUCAGUUUGUCAAUUUAGUGGAAGAAAUAAUAGAUACAAAUGAACAUAAUAAACAGGCUUUUUUCUUUCUCCUCUUUUUUUCUUUUGAAGGAACUCGGCUGAUCUCAGGAACUUCACACUUGUUCAAGUCCGUGACAAGACCAAAAAUAUGGUCUUGAGUACUACAAUACAAUGUGCUUGCUUGCCCACUGCUCUGGCCGACCACUUCCUUAGAAAGUUCUCAAUUAUAAUUUAACCAUUUCUGAAUGCAUUUCUGAAUGCAUUUAUAAAUACAUAGCGAGGCAUGGACCUCCAAAUGAAAGACUAAGAUAAAAAAAAAAAAAAAAAUUCAUUGUUCAUUUAAUAUAAACGCUACGCUAGGGAGAAACUUAGAAGCUUGCACUGACUUUGUGUUAAAGGGACAGUUCACCCAAAAAUGAAAAUUCAUCAUUUCCUCCCCCUCAUGCCAUCCCAGAUGUGUGUGACUUUCUUUCUUCUGCUGAACAGAAAUUAAGAUUUUUAGAGGAAUAUCUCUGUUCUGUAGGUCCAUACAGUGCAAGUGAAUGCAGACCUGUAUCUCCUUACUUCUCAUUGUAGAGAACUAGUAGAGUCUUUGAUCAUCAACACAAUGAAGACAGUUGUAAUAAAAUGAAUGACAUUUAUUAACAAUAGAUAUGCAAGAGUAAAUACCACAACGAUUAAUCAUGCUAAUAAUAAAUAUGCACUGCUAAAGGAUAAUAAACUAAUGACCAAAAUGGAAAGUACUGAAUUAAACAAUAAAACAAAUAAAUGAUUUGAACACAGAGUGGAUAAAUGCAAUGCUGUUGAACUGAAUGUAGCAAUGGCAGAGAAUUGUAUGGGAAUGCACCUUAUGCGAAACCACCCAUGGCUCUGGAAAAAUGGUGAUAAAUAAUGCUUAUUAAUCAUUAAGCAAAUAAUAUACCUAUUAUUUGUAACAAGCUGACCCCAGGUAACUGUUAUCAAAGCAAAUUAGAAAAACAUUUGCUGCAGUUAUAAAAUUAUAUCAAUGAGUGAACUUUUAAAUCUGUAAAAUUGACACUUUAAAUUAGCCUGUAAUUUGUUGCUAUACAUCCAUUUGUGAAUGCAACAGUGUGAAGGCAUUUUUCUAUAAUUGACUUAAGUAUUACGAUUAAUAUACUGUCGAAAAAGUUGAAAGAAUUAUGUAUUUGUAAAUGUAUAUUUUGUAUAAAUAAAAC